AUAUAUAGAAUUAUUUGGUUAACUUGUUUAAUGUAGUAAUCACUAAAGAUGAUAAUUGUUAAAAUUAAAUGUAAACAAAUCUAAUAUCAAAUGGAUGAAUGUAUCCCAUCUUUGGUGACAUUUUUGAAUGAAACCGAUGAACAUUUAACUCUUGAGAAUAUAGAUAACACUGAAAAUAAUGGACUUGUAAAAUUUGGCAAUGAAUUUAGUAAAAUUCAUGGUCCUCUUAGUUUAGCUGUAUGUACAUUUGGUAUACCAGCUAAUCUAGUAAAUAUUAUUGUAUUAACACGAAAAGAAUUAGCACAAACAGCAACAAAUCACUUGUUAUUAUGGUUAGCUGUUGCUGAUCUCCUACUUAUGGCUAUGUAUGCACCAAGUUUACAUCAUUUUUAUAUAAUUCAUCCACAUCCAAUGAAAAAUCCAAUAUAUACACCAUCAAAAUUAUGGAUUAUAUAUCAAGAAAUUGUUGUCAGUUGUGCUUUAAUGCUUCAUUCAUUAGCUUUAUGGUUAGCUGUUUUAUUAGCUUUAUUCCGUUAUAUUCAUGUAGGAUUCCCUGUAUCUGGUUCAUUACACACAACACGUAGACGAGCAUUCAUUUCAGCUACAUUAACAACUCUAUGUUGUAUACUUGUCGCUAUACCAAAUAUUCUUGUGAAUCAUACAAAAUCAUGUCAAGGUCCUGUAUUAAAUUAUAAAUCUAUGACUAGUGAAAAUAUACACAAACGUAUACAAAUUUACUAUUAUAUUUCAUCAGAUCCAGAUAAUGAAGAAAAUAAUUAUUCAGAGUAUUAUAAUUCAUCGAAUCAGAUAGUAUUUUUAUCUUCUUUCUCCAGAAUAACCACUAAUGGUUGGAGAUCAAAACAACUUCAUAACUUUAAUGUUUGGUUACAAGCUGUUGUUACAAAGAUUGCACCAUCAUUUCUAUUAACAAUUUUAACAAUCUUAUUAAUUGGUGAAUUACAAAAAGCAAUUCGACGUCGGAAAACAUUAUUUCAUAAUCGUGAAAAAUCUCAAAUUGUAACAAAAAAUAAUAAACGUUACUCAUUUACAUUUCUUCAGUCUUCAUCAACAACAUCAAACUUAUCUAAUGAUGAAGGGAAAAAGUUAAGUCGAGAAAAUCGUACAACUGGUCUACUUUUAACAAUUGUCUUAUUUUUUUUAGCUAUUGAACUACCUCAAGGUAUUCUAGUUACAUGUAUACAUUUGAUAGAGAAUUUUGAAGAAAAUGUUUAUCAGCAUUUAGGUGAUUUACUCGAUUUUUUAACACUGUUAAAUGAAUCAAUAAGUUUUGUUAUUUAUACAACAAUGUCACAACAAUUUCGUAAAACAUUUUGUAUGAUAUUUUGUCCAUUAUUUUUAGACAAGUCAAAUAAUACUCAUGAUCUUGAGAUAACACGUUUACGUCAGCAACGUUUAAGUCAAAACAUAUCAGUACCUAAAAACAGUCAAAGUGUAAAACUCUUACGUAUUUAACAAACAACUUCAAAUAUAUCAGAUAAUCAAAGACUAAAUUACAAUAUGGUCAAUGAAUCUAAUAUUUGUACAAAUUUAGAAAAAUCCAGUUAUCAAUUACAAAGUAAUAAUAUAAUGAACGAAAAUUAAGAUUAUAUCAUAUUGAAACAUUGAAUACACUGAUUUACUUUCAUCUGAACUAUGGAAUAUACUUCUGUCAACUAAGCUUUUACUGUGAUAGAAAUAUAAAGUGAAUGGAGAUUUCAGUGUGUUUUAUGUAUCAACCAUCAUUUUUGGAUAAAAGAGUCUAUGUUCUCUAUAAAACUACAAGUAUUCAGUUUUGUUCCUUACAUUUAUAUCCACUAUAAGUGUAUAUAUAUACAUAUAUAUAUAUAUAUAUAUAUAUAUAUUUGGAGCUGUGGCUCAACGGUUCAGAGAGAUGACCUCUAACCAAUGAGUCACAAGUUCAAAUACCACUCCAGGUACUGGAGUAUGGGCAGCUACAUUGUAUCAUUAGCCGUCACACACUACGUGUGGUUCAUCGUCUAAUGCACGAGUGUGCAGAAGCUUGCUGAUUGAAUUUUUUCUCCAUUUCCCCAUUCGGGAUUGAUGACAGGAGUUGAAAGAAAAUCUACGUCGUUCCGUUUAUGUUCCAACCUUGUGAUAUACUGACUAGUUCAGAUUUAUCUAUUUUCACUACCAGUUAACUAAAAAGGAAGUAAAGUUAAAUCAAUGAAAUUUUAACUUGAUAAUACAAUUUAAUUUCAUUAUAUAUGUUUUC